UCAACUAUUUGUCUAGGAAAUAUAUAAUGCAAUAAUCCUUCGACCUAGAUAAUACCGGAGCGCGUAUUGAUAACACAGCGAUAAUAGCAUAUUAACAGAACUAAUUACGAACAGUUCUGUGAUACACACGUCCAACAUGCCGACUCCGGAUUACAGCGUGGACUUGGACCUCGGCGAGCCCCCGCCAGAGAUCCAAGACUACGCUCGUCAGCAUUGCGGCGAGGACCCCAAUACUCGACUUCAAGCCAUCUACGAACUAAGGGACAUGAUUUAUGAGCGCGGUGAAUGUACCCCUCACAGGAUGGAUGAUGAAUUCCUGAUUAGAUUCCUUCGUGCUCGAAAUUUCAUACCACAAAAAGCUCAUAGAUUGCUCGUAAACUACUAUCAGUUCAGAGCAGAGAAUCCGGAUUUGUUCGAGAACAUUCAUCCUAUGGAUCUUCACGCCAUCGGGGACGCAGAUAUCAUGACGGUACCACCGUACCGCGGACCCGAUGGGCGCAGACUCAUUAUAUAUAAAUUUGGUAAUUGGGACCCAAAGACCAUUUGCGUGGAAGAAUUGUUCAAAGCAACAAUCCUUAGCCUAGAACUGGGUAUGAUGGAGCCGCGUACUCAGAUCCUGGGGGCAAGUGCUCUGGUCGACCUGGAGGAUCUUGGCUCCCAGCAUGUGUGGCAGUGUACGCCGUCUGUAGCAGCCAAAUUACUCAAGAUACUUGUGAAUUGCUACCCAACGAAGAUACACGCGAUCCACAUAAUCAAUCACUCCUGGAUCUUCGACAAAGCUUACAGCGUUUUUAAGCCAUUCUUGAACGACGUCAUGAAAUCGAGGAUCUAUUUCCACGGUAAUGACGUCACAUCGCUUCACAAGCACAUCAGCCCGGACUAUUUACCCGAAAGCUAUGGCGGUGUCUGGCCGGAUUACUCCUACACUAUUUGGUUGGAUUCUUUGCGUAAAAACGUGGUCGUCGCCAAGGAAAUGAUAUCAUGUGGUUACAAAUUCCGUGAACAUGAAUUAAACCAAGACGUCCUUGAACAUUUGACUAAGGAAGGCAUUCAAAUAUCCUAAAUAAUAGAGAGUAUGUUUCCUCAUAUUAAGUAUCAAAGUUUUCUUCUAUUAAGUUUUUUUUUUUAAAUCAUAUGCCUAGAUUUUAAAAAAAAUCGUAAUUAUAAGUUAGUAAUGAGUAAGUCGAACAUGUUCUUGCCUUUUAAGUUUAGACAAUAGUUUUAAGAUUUUAUUUGACAUAGUUUUUUACUGGUAGUCUUUAUGAAAAUUAUUUUUAAUUUUUUAUUUCUAUUUUGUUUUUAUUAUAUUUAGUUAGAGUCUCAGUUGCCAUCAUAAAUUCCUCUUGUAAAUACAUUUGGUUAGAGACACAAAUACCAAAUAACUACAAUAAAAAAUAAGUAUCUGUAUUUAUAAUGGUCUUCAAGUAAAUCUAAACGCUUAAAAAAAAAUUCGAAUUGCUUCACAACAGUUUAAUUUGGCGAUUGGUUUAAAAAAAGUAUUUUGCUUUUCCGAAAUUCAUCAACUUAAUUGAAUUUCGUAAGAUUUUGGAUGCUAGAAUAGUGUUUUAAAAAAGUAUUUUUCGCCUCCUGUAAGCAAUAGCGCAGAGGGGCUCGGGCUUUGGUUCCAGGUCGAAGUCAGAUGUUUUGAUAAUCCUUAUGGUAUUUGGAGUCAGGGUACGAUUGCAUUUGACUUGCAUAUCUAAAGGUGUGAUUCCGAACUCGGCAACAAGCAGCAGUUGCUGCAGUGCUGUCACUAAGGUACUGCCCAGCAGUGACGCGUCUGCCGCCGCAGCAAGAGUACCUACGUGAAUGUGUUGGUCUGUCGCGGCGGUAGGGCGACACUGACGCGUAGCAGUCCUGCCGCUACAUUGCUACCGCGACACUGCUGCCUAGCUCGGAAUGUAAUCUCAUAUAAGCUUAUAGAGAUUGUAUGGGGACCAAUAGUGCCGCGACAACACAGCUGCGGCAGAACUGCUGCGUGCAGCGUAGUUCGGAAUCAUAUCUUAAGUUUCCAGCGCCCAUAACAAGGAGCUAAUCCUAGUUUGUUGAUUGUAGGUUUAUUGAAUGUAGGAUUAAAUUUUAACAAAUUUAGUUAAUCAUAAUACUAAUUAGGUUAAUAAACUUAUGUAAAUAGUUUUUAAGUACGUUCGUCAAACGUCUGUGAUAAAAUAGUAGAUGACAUUUAGUGCGCUUUGAAAAAUAUCGCAAAGUCAACUGUGUGAAUGCUUUGGCAAAUUUGGUUCAUGAAAUGUGCGUUUGUAUGAAAAUUAUAAAAGUGCAUCCAAUUCGUUAAAUGUUAUAUUAAACGUGGAAAAUAUUCUUUGAACAGAAGACAGUCUAGACUGUGUUUCUUUGAGCAAUGAAUUCUAAAUUAAUUGGCCUUGUGUAUCUAUUAAUCGAUUAUGGCCAUAGUGCAGCUGCAGAUUGUGUUGAUUCCUGCGUUUUUGUGAGUGUGGUAUUUGGAAAAAAAAGUGGUCAUUGUGUUAUUAUAGCAUCUGAAAACUGUUACUAUUUUUUUCUGUGUUGUGUUAUCAUAUUGUUAUCAUUCAACGGUGAUAUAUCAACGGUCAUUGUGGUAUCAUAGCAUCUGAAAACUGUUUCUGUUUUUUUUCUGUAAAUGCCUGUAAUUUCUUGAUCCUUGUUUGUUGAUACUACGAUAUCCAAAUGAUUUUUGCUGAGAUGAUUUGUCAUGAAGUAAUUGAUCUAAAGUUCUUGUUGAUGCUUAGGAAAAUAAUAAACAAGUUUAUAACACUACACACGAACGCGUACAAAACGAAAAACCAAAUUCGAUGUUAUGAUUACGAUGUCCAUAAUUUAAGUAGAUAUUCUUCAUGAGCAUGGUGUGAAUGAUUCAGUAGUAAAUCUUUUUAUUAUAGUUUUAUAUUCCUUAAUAUUGUAUUACAUUACUUAAGCUUGAUCGUUCAUACGAAAAUAAAAUUAAGGUUACAUUAAAAUAA